AAAAAAAUCGCCUCCUUAGUCAUAACAUCCGGGGUUCUUGCUUACAGAAAGUGUCCUCGGGCAGAGUGCAGGGCCCUGGCACUUCAAAUGGGGGAGAAAGAAGAGGCGCAGGGGAAAGGCCAUUUAGGAGAGCUCCCGCCCACUCCCUCUCCUGCUUAGAGACACUCUUGGCAUUUUUCAGAUUCUCUUCUGUAGCUUCGGUGGGGAUAAACCUGUCCUCCAACAAGGGGAUCUGUGCCACCUUCCACCACAAAGCCCGCCAAUUCCUCCAGGCUUGGUUGUUAGGAUUAGACAGGGACGACACUGUUCGGGGACAGAAGGAGCCGCCGCUCCUUUGCCUCUGGAUGGAAAUGCCAGCCGAGUGCGGGCCGCCACGCUGAGGUCUAUCGAGGGGCAGCGGUGCCCGCUGACGAAAACAAGAGGCUGGCCCAUUGCAGGCCGGCUCUGCAGCACCAACUUCCACGAGUUAGCGCCAGCUCGCAUUUUGCCACCCCGUUUUGCAGAGAAGUCAGCUGGGAAGCUCAGAAAGGUUAACACAACCUGCGUCCACACAGCCUAAGGCGGCCUGAGGAACCGAACGCUGCCCAAAGCCGUAGUUCGGCCUCUCCAAUAAUGCUGAAGGACAACAAAUCACAGGUUGCCUUGCAAAAGCCGAGGGACGGCCCGCCCCAAGGUGGCCUCCAGAGCCCGCCCAAACACGGACCGCCGGAACCGCCUCGAGGCGGAGGAGACGGGAAAGCACUUCCGGGAAACGGCCGGCCGCAGAGCCAAGCACUUCCGGUGCAAGGCACAGGAAGGUGGUUCGGAGGUUAGCGGACUCGCAGUUUUGCAGCUAGGAUGCCACACAUCAACUUGUCGUUUGCAGCGUGUGGGUUUCUGGGCGUUUACCACUUGGGGGCAGCAUCGGCACUUUGCAAACACGGCCGAAAGCUGCUGAAGGAUGUCAAGGCCUUUGCCGGAGCUUCUGCGGGAUCCUUGGUUGCUUCAGUUCUCCUCACGGCGCCGCAGAAAAUAGAGGAUAUUUUUUUCCACUGGUGUAUAGUUGCUUUCCCGGCUUCCCUGGUGGCUCAGAUGGUGAAGAAUCCGCCUGCAGUGCAGGAGACCCCGGAGUGUAACAAGUUUACCUAUGAUUUUGCCGAAGAAAUCCGAAGGCAGUCUUUCGGGGCACUAACACCUGGCUAUGAUUUCAUGGCCCGACUAAGGAGCGGAGUGGAGUCGAUUCUCCCCGCCAACGCGCACGAGCUGGCCCACGACCGCCUGCACGUCUCCAUCACCAACACCAGGACCAGGCGGAACUGCCUGGUCUCCCGCUUCCCCUCCAGGGAGGACCUCAUCCAGGUCCUGUUAGCCAGCAGCUUCCUGCCCAUCUAUGCAGGGCUGAAACCAGUGGAGUACAAAGGGCAGAAGUGGGUGGACGGAGGCUUCACCAACAGCCUGCCCGUCCUGCCCGCUGGCCGCACAGUGACCAUCUCCCCAUUCAGUGGGCGCCUGGACGUCUCCCCGCAGGAUAAAGGGCGGCUGCAUUUCUACGUUAGCAUCACCAACCAGGACGUACUGGAAUUAAUAUUGAAGCCAAAUGAACGUGAUAAUGGACCACAUACAAUCAAAACCGAAUAAAACAACUAUAGAAUAUCACCUUCUCGUUUGGUUCGCUUUAGACCUUACAGAUGGUACAAUCAAUAUGAGCUUUGCAGCAAUGUCAUCACUGGAUGUGAUACAUUAAAAGGGGAAAUGUGCAGUAGCUAUCAUUGUGACAUUCCAACCUUCUGGCAAAUCUACCUUAAAGAUGUUCACCUUCAGCCUAAUGAUAUAUUUAUGUGGAUUCAAAAUUCCUAUGAGCAUUAAUGGAACCUUUGAUGCUUCAACAAAUGGAAGAGCAGGAUGUUAGGAUGACCUAUGAGAUGAUAUAUUUAAUUUAUUCCUAAAAUAUAUAACACUGCUUGAUGUGACUAUUCCAACUGGAGUAAUUGGUUGCAAUUAAAAUAAUGAGAUAUUCUAAAUAAUGAUACAUGCAAUACAAAUGCAGAGGGAUAUGUAAUUUGUAAUUCCUUUAUCAUUUUUAUGCUGAUACCUUUCUUCCUAAUUACAAUAAGCUUCUGAGCUAAUAGGAAUACAUUUUGUCAUCUGGACUAUAUUCUGGAGGAAUUAUUUCUCAACACUGCUCAUGUGAAAACCACUUGACUGAACCUAAAAUAUAUAAACGUGCAAUUUGGAAAAUAAACUUUGGGAAACUAUGGGGAGCUUUCUACAACCUGAAGACAUGCUUAUUCUCUGACUCAGCACUUCCACUUCUGGGUGAAUAUCUGAUGUGUUUUUUUAAUGUGUCUUCACCAGGAGACAUGUACAGGAAUGUCUAUUAAGAAUGCUAUUCUGUAGUGUUUUAGGUGACCAAGCAAUCCCACUUCUGGACAUAUACCCAGAGAAAACCAUAAUUCAAAAAGACACAUGUACCCCAAUGCUCAUAGCAGCCCUAUUUACAACAGCCAAGACAUAGGAACAGCUUAAAUGCCUGUCAAUAGAGAAAUGGAUGAAGAAGAUGUGGUAUGUGUAUACAAUGAAAUACUACUUGGUCAUAAAAAAGGGAUGAAAUUGGGUCAUUUGGAGAGAGGUGGAUGGACCUGGAGGCCGUCGUACAGAAUGAAGUUAAGUCAGAAAGAGAAAAACAAAUAUCAUAUAUUAAGGCAUAUAUGUGAAAUCUGAAAAAAAAAUUUUGUGCCGACAACCUUAUUGACAGAGCAGUAAUACAGACACAGACAUAGAGAUGGAAGGAAUGGGCAUGCAGGCAGAAAGGGAAGGAGAAUGGGAUGAAUCAGGGGUUUGGGAUUGACACAUACACCCUUUUAUGUAUAAAGCAGAUAAUUAAUGAGAACCUGGUGGACAGCACAGGAAACUCUAUGCAAUGACCUUUGGUCAUCUAAAUGGGAGAGAAAUCCAAAAGAAAAAAAAAAAAAGAGAGAGGAUUUACGUAUGCAUACAGCUGAUUCGCUUUGCUAUAUAACAAAAACUAAUACACCACCAUGAAGCAACUCUACUCCAAGUAAAAUUUUUUAAAACUUGGGAAAAAAAAAUUUUCUGAAAAGCUACAGUCAUUUGAGAAUAAAGUUAAGGCCUUGCCUAUGUGACCUGCUUGAGUUUGAAGGCAGUGAGCAUGAUUUGGGAAUGAGAUACGGGACCUUCGUGGCAGAAUUAUUGCUCAGUUAUUAGGUGUGAUUUGAAAGAAGUAAAUUCAAGCUGCUAGGCAUAACAUAAAUAAGAUACAAGGAUGUAAUAUACAAUGCAGGUCAUAGAACGAAUACUUUAUAACUUUAAGUGGAGUGUAACCUAUGAAAAUGCUGAAUCACUGUUAUACACCUGAAACUAAUGUCAUGUUAUUAAUCAACUGUACUCCAAGAAAAAAG